AUGUCGUCAUUACCACGAUGCUUAUACGUGAAAGAAAUUCUAGGAUGUUUGGCAACUUCUAGAAUUAUAGAAAUUGAUGAAAAUUCAGAGAAAUAUUUCGUGAUGGAAGAAUUGAGACCGAUAUUAAAAACUAUGAGUAUUACAGCUAACUUACUGACUUUCUGUAAUCAGAGGAAAGAUGACAUCAUAGAACUACUCGACAUCAACGGACCAAAUGGGUAUUGUGUUCACAGUAAAACAGGAUUGGUUUUGUUUUUAGGGUAUUGUGUUCACAGUAAAACAGGAUUUGGUGGUGUUCUAACUGCACGGAGAGAAAGAGAUAUAGACAGUUUAAUUCAAAUUGAGUUAUUUCAGGAUACUCCUGAUUUGAAAGACAAAUUAGAAUCUGGGCUCAGCUAUGUUGAAUAUGGUUCGGGAGAGGGCGCUGUUAUUUUGGAAAUGGCCAAACGUUUUCCUAAGUCUCAGUUUACCGCCGUAGACUACUCCACCGACGCCAUUUCUGUUCUGCAGCAAAAAAUUCUAGAUCAGAAUUUAACCAACGUUCAAGGAAUACAUGGCGAUUUACAUGACCUGCCUUCUGAUUGGUCAGAAAAAUAUGACGUGGCUUACAUCCGUGACGUAAUUCAUGACGUCGGUGAUCCUGUCAAAGCGACCAAUGAGAUUGUACGAUCUGUAAAAAGGGGAGGAGUUGUGUCAAUUACAGAAGUUGCUAUAAAGGGAAGUAAUCAGAGAGAACAAAGGGACGAUCCCGUGGCCCCCCAGUUUUAUCUAUACAGUACGUGUAUAUGUGUACCAGAAAGUUUAAACCAGCCCGGGGGUGUUGGGUUGGGGUGCACUUCCGGGCAAGAAAAAAUGUCAAAAAUUUUAAUGGAAGGGGGCAUCCCGAAAGAUUCUUUAGAAAUGUAUUUCAAGUCAGCUCAAAAUAUCGUUCGAUACGUUUACAGAAAAUAG